AACAGACAAGCGUUAUGGCUGCUGAGUCGAACCACAGUCGCAGCGAGACCCAAUCGGUCUCCUCUCAGGUAUUCUAUGAUCCUUCUGGCUGGAUUUGGAACGAAGGAAAUAACCAUUCCCCACUGACAACAGGUACCAUUCCUGAGAACGAGAAGUUUUCCACCCUGGAUGAUGAGAAGGGCACCAAGGACGAACAUGUCUACAUCGCGGAUACCCUCCCCCUUCGACGCCAGAUUCCCUUCAUCCUGACUAUCUGCUCGGCCAUGUACACGAACCAGCUCGGCCUGGGCCAAACAAUGGAUAUAGUUCGUAUCAUUGGGGACUGGUACGGAAUCACUAAUAGUAAUGAACUGUCAUGGUUAGUGGCUGGCUACAGCUUGACCAUUGGCACCUUUGUCCUGAUUGCCGGCCGGCUGGGUGAUGACUUUGGACAUAAGAAGAUGUUCAUUAUUGGUAUGGGCUGGUAUGCGCUGUGGACUCUUGUCUGUGGUCUGGCUGUCUAUUCCACACAGGUUCUCUUCAUCUUCGCCCGUGUCUUCCAGGGAAUGGGACCAGCUGUGACACUGCCCAACGCAAUUGCCAUUCUUGGCCAGUCAUACGCCCCUGGGCCGCGCAAGAACAUGGCAUUUGCCUUCUUUGGCGGCAGCGCACCCUUUGGCGCCAUCUCUGGCUUUGCAACUGGUGGCCUUUUUGCGCUGGCCUGGUGGCCGUGGGCGUACUGGAGCGCAGCCAUCGCACUCACCUGUCUGGCUGUGUUUGCGGUCUGGUCCAUCCCACCUCAACCAAUGAGCACUACAUCUAAGACUCUGACGGUGGGCCAGAAGAUCGCACACCUGGACCUUCCAGGCUGCUUCACAGGCGUGGCCUCUCUGGUCUUAAUCAAUUUCGCAUGGAAUCAAGCCGCGGGGUUGGAUGGCAAGAACCAUAUGUCCUUCUUUUGGGUGGAACUACACUGGUCAGAAGAUCCCAUCCUGCCUCUUGCGGCCUUUAACUCCGACAUUGCCUUUGUGCUGGGCUGCACCGCGUGUGGCUGGGCGACCUUUGGAAUCUGGGUGUACUAUGCUGCUGUCUUUGUCAUGGAGCUGAACAAAGUCAGCCCGCUGCUCCUUGCUGCGUGGUACAGCCCGGUGAUCCCCUCAGGACUCGGCUCGGCGCUUGCCGUGGGGAAGCUUCUCGGUCGUGUCUCGGCAGCGUGGGUCAUGGUUAUCGGCAUGGUCGCGUACCUGAUUGGGUCGAUUCUCAUCGCCACCAUGCCAACGCACCAGAUCUACUGGGGCAAUUUCUUCUGGAGUGUGCUCAUCAUCUGUGUUGGCAUGGACUCGUCCUUCCCCGCUGCGACGAUUAUCUUCUCUGACGCUGUGCCGCCCAAGUACCAGGGCAUUGGCGCCAGUGUGGUCAUGACCAUUGUGAACUAUAGUAUUUCACUGGGGCUGGGCUUUGCUGGGACGGUGGAGCGGGAGAUUAACAAUGGGGGUCACACCUAUGAUGAUAAGAAGAAGGGGUAUCAUGGUGCAUUCUACUUCGAGGUCGGGUUGGCCGGUUUCGGCCUGAUAUUGAGUCUUGCCUUCUUGCUCAAGGAUCACUUCCGCAAGAAGGCCAAGAAGGCAGCUGCUGCGUAUGAGGACCGGAGUGCUUGAAGGGAAGGGAAGUCAGUUGUGGUCCAAAGUUCGCGUACUGCAGAUGGGAUGAAUAGAGGAUGAGUGAGAAGAUUCUCGGUUUGGUCAACUUCACGAUUGUACGUCUAGUCAUAUAUCCCACUUUCCAGCUUGUGAAGAAUCAACUACUACAU